UGCUGCGAUGUCCUGCACCUCCAAGUAUUGACAAAGGACAUCACAACAGUCAUGACCUGGAAGUUUUCACUACUGGGAUGGUUGUAAAUUAUAGCUGUGACCCUGGCUACAAUCUCCUGGGAAAGGCAUCCAUUUACUGCACUGACUCUGGAAACUGGAGCCUCCCUCUUCCUCGGUGUGCAGGUGGCUGUGGAGCACCACCAAACUUAACCUUUGCUGAGCUAACCGAGGAAUACAAAAAUCUGAUGGAGUUUCCUGUUGGGGUCACAGUGCGAUACAGCUGCCAGCCAGGACACAUCAGGCACCCCGGAGUACCCCCAACUCUGACAUGCCUCAAAAACCACACGUGGUCUGAAGCGCUAGCGUUCUGGAAACAGUGUAAACACCCAGAAGCACCAAAGAAUGGCAGAGUUGUUGUUCUGACAGAUCUCUUCUUUGGGUCAACCGUGAGCCACAUGUGUGAAGAAGGGCACCGACUGGUUGGACAGGCCCACAGGCGGUGUGAGAUGUUUGGAGCAGAUGUGGCAUGGAGUGGUGUUCUUCCCAUUUGUCAGAAGGUGGUAUGUCCAGUCCCACAGAUCCAGAACGGGAGAAUAAUUGUUCCUAAAUAUCGCUACACAUACAAAGAUACUGUUAGCUUUAAGUGCCGUAAAGGUUUCACCUUGCGAGGCCAUCGCACAGCCCGGUGCCAAGCUAAUAAAACAUGGGAUCCCCCCGUCCCAGUCUGCGAGAAGGUAGUCAAGUGUCUGCCUCCUCCAAGCAUUGCUAAUGGGGAACACAGCAGUCAUUUCUCAGACACAUUUGAUGUAGGAGCACUUGUGCACUACCGCUGCAAACACGGCUUCUCGCUCAUUGGGAGUCAGUCUGUUCGCUGUACAGCAUAUGGAGUCUGGAGCCAUCCCCUUCCUCGGUGCGAAGUGCGGCACUGUCUCAAGCCUGCAGAUAUUGCUCACGGGUCUCUCAGUGGCCCAGCAAAAAUGAUUUUCAGCCCUGGAACAUCUGUAAGCUACAUGUGUAAGCCUGGCUUCUCCCUCAUCGGGACAGCAUCCAUUUAUUGCACACAGUCUGGAGCCUGGAGCCAUCCUCCUCCGGUCUGUCAAGUUGUGAAGUGUUUCUACCCUCCAAACAUCACCAACGGGAAGCUCCAAGGCAACAUCUCUGACACUUUUUCCUACGGAGUAUCUGUAUCCUACAGCUGCAAUCCUGGGUAUUCACUCGUUGGGAAUGCUUUCAUCACCUGCACAGCGUCAGGAGCCUGGAGCCAGCCUCUUCCUCGGUGCAAAGAGAUCAGAUGUGUAUUCCCAGAAAUUCAAGGUGUUAAGAAAGCCAUAAAAGAAAAUACUUAUCGCUCUGGGACUAACAUCACUCUUGAAUGCGACGAUGGUUACACCUUGGAAGGCAUCAGUCAGAUUCAGUGCCAAGAGGACUUCAGCUGGGACCCUCCUGUACCAGCCUGUAAACUGACAUCACAAAAGACCAGUUCAGUAGGCCUAGGAGUCGCAGCUGCAGGAGUUCUGCUUCUCCUGGGGGCAGGCAUUGCCUGGAAAAUUAUUUCUAAGCAGAAGGAAGGCUACUAUAAUACGUAUGAAAACUAUUCUUACCAAACCCCUCUGAACCAGAUCACUGAACAGAAAUGUUCAUGUCUUCCAUAG